AUGAUUGAGAUAUCAAUAUCAUAAAUAAGUCUAAAAUAAGCAUUGGGCAAUUGCUAAAUUAAUAUUGGGAUCAAAUGCGGUACAAUUCUUAAUUAUAAUUAGGUGAAAGGAAGGAAAUAUUGUAUUAAUAAUUUUCAUCAACUCAAAAAAUAAUUAAAUAUUCCUAGCCUCAUCAAUAUGUAUUUGAUAACUAAAACACUAAAUUUGUAAAAUUAAAGUAUAAUUCAUUGUUAGCUGUAAUUUUAUAUUGAAAUUCCUGAUGAAUAAGGAUAUAUUAAACUUUUAGGCAGUUCAAAAUUGCUUAUUAAUGAAGUUUAAGGAAGAGAAGUUUCUCAUAAAAUAGAACUUGAAUAUGGUAACAUAAUGAAUAUCGUAUUACGAUGCACAACAGAAGUACGUAAUUCUGCAAAAUAAAUACCUCCAAUGAACAAUAGGAUCGAUAAUUAUCAUAUAAUGUCCGUGAAUAAAUCAGAACCUAUAAUUAAUAAGAAACGUUAUGGAAGCCCUUAACCUAACAAAAAUUAACCUUCUCGUUCCCCUUAACACAAAAAAUUACCACCUUAACCUUAACCCUAACCUGUUAUACUUCAACAAUAACAACAACAAUUCAUUUAAUAACAACCUUAAUAAUAGUUAUUAUAACCUACUAGCAGCAAUCUAAGUAAAAGUAGUGCUUCAAGCAUAAAGCAACAAAAAAUAUUGGAAGAUUAUAAAUAAGUUAUGUAAAACAGCGUUCUAGAUGAAAGCGAAGAGUUUUAAAGUAGUCCAGAUCACAGAAUAGAUCCUCCACAACCUAUUAUGGAAUUUAAAAAUAAUAGUAUUACUCCAAGAUAAAGUUCUAAAUAAUUUGAUGAAACUUAAUUAGCAUAAUAUAGAUAAAUGGUAAAAGAAUUAUCAUUAUUACUUGAUGUCUAAUAAGAUUGUGAUUCAAUUGUUUAUGCUGUUUAAUAAUUGCUAUAAAAAUAUAGAGGAUAAAAUGAAUAAAUAAUGAAAAUUUAAUGUGAUAAUCAAAUUUUAUUAAGUCAAUAUAGCAGCUUAUAGCAACAAAAAAGUCUAAUUGAAUUCAAAUCAGAAGAAUUUAGAAAUCAAAUUAAAUCCAAAUUAAAAACUUACAAAAGCUUAUUUGAUGAAAAUGUUUAACUCAAAAACCAAUUAAAAGAGGACCUUUAAAAAAUAGUUGAUCUUAAUAUUUAAAUUAGAGAAUUAAAAGGAGAUCAAUAAGAAAAACAACAAAUAGAUUCAGAAAUUCAACACUUAAAAUAACAAAUAGAUAAAGUAGCAAUGAAUGUUGAUCAAAAAUCAUAUGAUUAUGCAAUAUUAACUGAAGAAAUAAACUUAAUUCAAUUUAAUGUAUGA